AUGACUGCCACUUUCGGCGUCAGUCGACGCCUUUUGAAGUGGUUUAGCUCAGAGGGAUGGCCAGGUGUGCCCACAAUAACCACCUACCAAGCCAAAUCUCCCCGACCGUGGGGCCUUGGUUGCGUAUUCAUGCCUUUGCGACGUAGCCAUCCCAAAUCGCACCAUGGAUGCGAUCGUUGCAAACGAAGGCGGGUGAAGUGUGAUGAACAACACCCUGCGUGCAACAAUUGUGUUCGUCUUGGUCAGAUUUGCAAUUAUCAGUCUUCAGAUGGGAUCAAAUGGGCUCCAGUAUCAGCUGUCCAUGCUCUUGUUCCUGUUUUUCCGGGCGUGAUCAACGAUCAUGUCCAGUUUCGGACUGAAAACACGCUUACGCCAUUAAAUGCAAGAAAUCCCCUGGAUGAUAUUGCUUCAGCUGUACCUCGCCUCAAUAUCAGCUGUGAGGGCGUGCAAUUGAUUAACAAUUGGUUUCUCUCAACGAUCUACACGGUCACUGUUGAUGAAGCAUCCCUUCGGAGCAGCCAACUUAUCACUACAAAUGCGGCAAAAGCUCAUGAUUUUCUAUUACACGGCAUGAUGGCCCUAUCGGCCUUUCACUUGGCGGUUCAUAGUGCAAUGCCUUUGCGAACGACGCUCGUUCAGAAUGCAAUCCGACAUCAUAAUUAUGGCUUGGAAAGGUUCCGCCAUGUGAUCAGUGAUAUCAACGCGACCAAUGCUCCAGCUACUAUUACCUUUUCAAGCCUCAUCACGAUCAUAUGUUUUGCCAGUGGUCGGGCCCAGCCUCGCGACUUUACCAUUGCACCUGUGGAUGAGCUAUUUCAAGUAUUCGGCCUUGCCAAAAAUUGGUUUAUCGUCCUAACAGAAGCCAGCAAGCAUCUGGAUCUCGCAUCAUUCAUUCGUAGAAUGCAGAAGCAUCAUCCAGCCCCUACUCCGCUUCAUCCCGGGAAGACAGCUCUGGAUCGACUUGAAGAUCUAGUAACCACCACUGGCGAGUCUAGCAUUACCUCGGAAAUGGACUCAUGCAAGGUCGCUAUUCACUUACUGAGACUUGUAUUACACAAGCUUCAUGUUGAUAGGAGCAAUCUGUCUGUCGUCGUGGAAUGGGGGUUGAAAUUACCAGAAGAAUAUCGUCGUCUGAUAAGGGACCAAUGCCCAAUUGCUUUGGUUAUCUUGGCCUAUUACUCCGUGGCCUUGCAUUACUUCAACGACAUCUGGUGGCUCAAAGGCUGGGGCCGCAGAGUCUUACUAUCCGUUUGGCACAACCUCCAUCCAUUAUGGAGGCCGUCAAUAGUCUGGCCGAUGGAAAUUGUCGUCAAGGAAUCCGAAACCAAGACAAGGCCACAUGAGGCACUGGCAACAGAAGUCAGCGUGGUCUUAAAUGUCUCCUAUAUUGAGUUGGAACUUACAUCGCCGUUGAAGAUGAAGUUUCUCAGCGAUAGCGUGGAGGGAGAGGGCACCCCCCGUCUUGGUGCAUCAUCGGGGUAUGCUAGUAUUCGGGAGGAGCAGCUUGCUAGUGUUGAUGCUGCGAGAGGCCCGUGGCGGCGUGUGGGAGUUCCAAGAAGUGGCUACUCCGGCGUUGGAGACAAGGUUCGGAAGGAAAACAGUGGCAAGGCUGAACGCCAAGGUGCCUCAUUCGCAAAGGAUCGCCAGUGCUUUAGCCGCUCUGGAAAUCAUGGUACCUUCGAGAUGAAGAUUUUGUUCACGUCUGUUUCUACAAUUGCGGCUUUGCUGCUUCAGCUUUCUACGGCUGAGCAGACACUCCCGAAAGUUGAUUUGGGAUAUGAAAUACAUCAGGCUCUCUCUUACAACGAAACUGGCCAACUUUACCGCUUCACCAAUAUUCGGUAUGCUCAGCCUCCACUAGGCGACUUGCGCUUCGCAGCGCCUGUUCCACCAACUGGUCGCAACCCCGUUGUCCAAACUGGCAACGAAUCCUACAUUUGCCCACAAGCGGGACCAGCUUGGGGCGUGAUUUCGAACUCGUUCGCCAAGACUUAUGUGGCAAACAAUCUUUCCAGUUUUAACUACACUGCCCUCGCCGAGUUGGCCCCAGAGAUCUUGCCCGGCUUGGUGUCUGAACUCAACGGCGGGGCUGGGGUGUCGGAAGAUUGUCUGUUUCUUGAUGUGACGGUACCUAAGCAGGUUUUCAACGGCUCUAGUGGCAGAGGAGCUCCAGUCGUCGUCUGGAUUUACGGAGGAGCCUACACCUUGGGCAGCAAAAACAAUAAUCCUGCCGGACUGAUAAAGGCGAGUCAAAUUAAUAAUACCCCAGGUAUUAUCCACGUUGCCAUGAACUACAGACUUGGGGCCUUCGGAUGGCUUGCAGGACCGACACUCCAGGGCAUGGGUGGCGUGUCAAAUGCAGGCCUGUAUGAUCAACGUCUGGCUUUGGAGUGGGUAAAGAAGCAUAUUCAUCGCUUCGGUGGUGAUCCCAAUCAAGUCACUGUGAUGGGCGAGUCGGCCGGUGGUGGCAGCAUUAUGCACCAAAUUACCGCCUACGGUGGUAUUAAGCCCUCGCCCUUUCAGCGCGCCAUUAUCCAGUCGCCGGGUCUGACACCGACGGUCUCGCAGUUCAAGCAAGAGAACAAUACCCAGACCUUCCUGUCUCUGUUGAAUGUCAGCACAAUUGAGGAAGCACGACGACUGAGCUCCGAGGCUCUCAUCAAUGCUAAUGCUUGGCAAGUUGGCAAUGCUUCCUACAGUAGCUAUGUAUGGGGUCCAGUCGUUGAUGGUCUCUUUGUACCUGCUCUUCCGGGCAUCUCUCUUCUCAAUGGGGGUUUUUCGCAUGACGUUAGCGUCAUGGUGGGUCACAAUAAGAACGAAGGCCCUUCGUUUGUGCCACCAUGGGCCAACGAUACUGCUGCACUUCGAGCUCUCUUCCCCGGCACUGAUUCGUCUGUUGUCGACUACAUCGUGAAUAUACUCUACCCGGCUAACUUCAGCGACCCAAUGAUUAGCGCAAGAUACAGCUCGGGCAUUAAUCGGACUAUCGCUAUGGUGAAUGAGGAAAUAUUUAUUUGCAACACCAAUUAUCUCGCCCGUGCCUUCAACAAUGAGACCUACAACUACGAAUUCCAAGUCCCGCCGGCUCUCCACAGCCAAGAUGUCUCGUAUACCUACUGGAAUGGCGAAGCAACAGACAACUCCACGGGGUUGUCACAUAUGGUGGCCCCUAUUGCGAAAAUAAUGCAGGGUUAUAUCACCAACUUCAUUGCCACAGGAAAUCCAAAUGGGCCUGGACUGCCGGUUUUCCCGAAGCAAGGUCAAAAUGCCACCAUGCUUGGUAUCGGCGCUGACGUGGCCAAUAUCAAGGUGCAGAGAGAUGAUACAGCCAACAAGAGGUGUCUUUGGUGGCAAAAGGCUCUGUGGCUCUGA